UCUCCAGCUCACCAAUCCUCCAGGUGACUUCCAGCCAUGAAGACUCUUGUCCUCCUCUCUGCCCUUGUCCUGCUGGCCUUGCAGGUCCAGGCUGAUCCCAUUCAAGAGGCAGAGGAAGAGACUAAAACUGAGGAGCAGCCAGCAGAUGAGGACCAGGAUGUGUCUGUCUCCUUUGAAGGCCCAGAAGCCUCUGCUCUUCAAAAGCCUGGUAAUAGGGAAUAUGAUGGUUAA